GGCAGCGCCGAAUCAACAUGGCGGCCGUUCUUGUCGUCUGCUCGGUUUGACAUUUGUGCGUUAUCGCGAAUCCUUCCGCGAGUGUCAAUUAUCUCGAUUUCUCGCGCGUUUUUCUCCGUCGCGAUAUUUUUUUCCUUCCCGAAUAAGCAACUUCCGGCCAUUUCUUCGUCUCUUUUCUCGUUAGGGGACGAACGCCAGAUUCGAUCCGAUCGUUAAACUGACGUCGUCUGCUGCGACAGCGCAACGGCUGCUGCGCGAGUGGUGUGUCGUGUCGGCGCCGGAAUAUCAUGCGGGUCGCGAUAAUCGCAGUGUUGUGACGGUCGUGGGGAAAGAUGCAUAUGUAAAUGACAGGUACGAUAAACGCCCGUAGCUCGUGAGGAUGACGCGCGAUGUAUUCGACGUGUCGUCGCCGCGGGAAUGGAGGCUGAAGUCGGAGGGGAGACCCGCGUAAACGCGAUUUGAUUGAAUAAUGACGGUUUUUAUUAUGGAUUUUCGGGCGUGAAUGACGUGUCGACGAAUGCCGAUGUUGAUCGUCAAUGCGACCGCCUGUAUGUAUAUGUACGUACAUAUGUAGGAAUAUCAUAAAAAAAUAAUAAACACGCGCGAAUCAAGCAGCGCCUUUUGACAUUAUAUUGUCAAUCAGACUGUAAAAGACGUAUACGAAGAUGCAUUAAAUGCGAGAGAGGAGGAUUAAGAAAUUUGUUGAAUGAGAAGCAGCGCGAUUGAUUGACGAAACUCGUCCGGUGGAUUUAUUCUGUGCCUCUGGUACGGAAAUGCAAUUGCGCUGGCGAGAGGAUUCGAUAGAUACAUCGGCAAAUCUUGCAGUUGCACACUGUUUCUUCGACUCUAAUCCAGAUUGCAAACGUACAUUAUUCGCUCCAAGUACUUAUGGUACAUUGCCGAAUGAAUACCGAGUAUCUGCUCGCGUUAAACAUUUGGAUUGACAUGUAGCCUUAUACAGGAUAGUUGACUGAGAAUGUAACUGAUACCAAAACAUGAUGUGAUGAUGAGUACUUAUAAAAUACGUUCUAGUGUAUUACAUUGCAAUUGAUUCUGCAGAGGAAUUUAUAGAUAUAAUCUUUGACAUUUAUUGAAGCGUGAACAAUUGGCAUAAAGAACGGCGUUUUUAAUACCAGCAGUCACGAUCUGCAAGUAUUAUGGAGCAGAGUGAUGGAAAUGACAUUUCUAGUGUUUCAAAUAUCGCUAAAGUAAAUGUUUCUCCAAAAUCAAAACAGAAGAAAAAGUCUCUCUGUCGCAUGCUCAUGAAUAAGAAGACUAAGGUUGGCUGCUUGGAACCUUUGUACAAAGACGGAGAUUCGAAUAAAAAUUCAAAGAUAGAAAACUCUCAACAUGGAUCUCAAACUAGCACUAAACUGUCCCUAUGUUGUGCCAUGACUGAACGUAGCAGAACGCCACCCCAGAGCUUAACUGUCAGUAGACUUUCCCCAACAUUAAGUCGUACUUCUGUCAAAUCCGAGGUAGCUUCCAUCAACAACUCAAACGAUCAUCAAACGGAAGUACUUGUCGAGAAGGAAGAGAUGCAUGGUGCCAAUGAUCAGCCCGAGAUGGCUCAAGAGACUGUAGUCAAAAGAAAUAAUGUAGCAGCGAGAAAGGAGCAGCGUUAUAGUUCUUAUAUAGAAGACUCAACGGAAGACUCAUUCAAAGAAUCUUCAGAAGAUGAAAAUGAACAUUUGAUUGAGUCUGAAAAAAUUCAGAGAUACCUUAAGGAUGAAUACUUUACAAAGGGAAAGUAUAUCACUUAUUUCUUUCUGGAAAUGGAACGGCAGUUCUACAAUCCUAUGGAAGUUUACAGUAUGAUUCAGUAUCAUAAUCAAGCUUGUCAAAAACCGGGGAAAGAAGGUGAAAACUCUUCUUCCGGAUCGCUAUCGCCGAGUAUAUCGGGACAAUUGCGUCGUAGAUUGCUUCAUAGAAGAUCCGCAGAUAAUUUGAUUGUAAGCUCACCGACAAAUUCUAUGAGACAUUCUAGUCCAGAAUCUAUUAGAAGUGUACCGAUCCAACAUAAGCCACGUUCAACAUCGCACGAUGCUCUAUCCAAAAAGAAGGAGCGCUACUUUUUCCAAACAGGAGCGUCUAUGGAUAGUUUGGCGAAGCAAUCCUUACUCGCCGCACAAGUACUUAAUUUGAUUCCUACUCACAAAGCACGAGAAAGAAAUUUUCUUCAUGGAAGGAUCGCCGCCAAUUCUUUACUCGGACCGGUCGAGCUCGAAAAAGUAUUACCGAAUCGAGAAUUGAAAAUUUUCAUUGGCACAUGGAACAUGAAUGGUCAGACUCCGCCGAAGGAAUUGAAUGAUUUUAUGUUGCCAUCCGACAUAGAGACUGUUCCUGACUUGCUAGCCAUAGGUACGCAAGAAUCAUGCUCCGAAAGAAACGAAUGGGAAGCAGCCUUGCAAGAAACACUCGGACCAUCGCACGUGCUGCUCACCAGCAGUAAUCUCGGUACACUCCAUCUCGCGAUAUUUCUGCGACGAGAUUUAAUCUGGUUCUGCUCCAUUCCGGAAGAAGACAGUUUUUCAACAAGACCCGGCACGGCGUUUAGAACCAAGGGUGCGGUGGCGAUAGCUCUUAUGAUAUUCGGCACCAGCUUUCUCUUCGUCACCGCUCACUUGACCGCACAUCAAGAUAAAGUGAAAGAACGAGUUAACGAUAUAAAGAGAAUCGUUAGAAAUCUUGACCUUCCCAAGGAACUACCUACCAGGCACAAAAGCAAAGAUGUAACACAAAAUUUCGAUUGCGUAUUUUGGUGCGGUGACUUAAACUUCCGUCUAGCUCAACCAAGAGAGGAAGUGAUCCAGUGGAUCACAAACACGUGCUUUCCGCAAGAGUCGAUAAACUUGCACAAAGAUCAAUUGAAAACUAUCCUAAACGAAGGCGCAGUAUUACGUGGCUUCGAGGAAGCCGCGAUUACCUUUCCUCCUACUUAUAAAUACGAUCCAGGAACGCAGAAUUUCGAUUCCAGCAACAAACAACGCACUCCCGCGUACACCGAUAGGAUCCUUUUUAAAGGGAAGGGUCAUACCAGAGGAUACAUCAGACGUGUUAGUCACGAGAUUACUAGCUCGCAUAAAGAUGGGGCUAUAGAGUGCUUGGUGUACGAUUCUGUUCCCAGUAUUUGCACCUCGGAUCACAAGCCGGUCUGGGGAGUUUUUAAGACUACGUUGAGACCGGGUAUCGAUACAAUUCCACUUGGCGCCGGUCUUUUCAAUCGCGAGAUAUAUCUGGAAGGUAUUAGAAGGCGUGCGGCAGCGAUGGAUGAUUCUCUCGGAACUUCGAAGGUUUGUUCGGUUCAAUAAAAAAAAUUUGAAACUAUUGCGAGCGCAUAAACAUGUUCUUGAUUCUACUUAUAUACAUAUAUGCAGGUAAAGCUCUAUCGGGUUUUUAAUAUUUCAAAUGAGAUAUGAGAAAAUGAUCAACGUUUUUUUUUCAUUCGAUUUACGUAAUUUAACUAAGUCUAUCCAUUUUUUUAUAACAAUGAUAAGGUUUUGCUAGUAAAAGAGAGAUUUAUAUAGUUAUUACUAUUGCCAGUGAACACCGUAAAAAAUCUAGUCAAACAGUGAAAUAAAUUGUGCGUUUAGAUUUAGAUGAUAAAACAAUUUUGUAAAUGUAUCGUUGGUAUAUCUCCGACACUCAUGUUGUGCCACAUAUAUAUUAGAAAACUUAUAUGAGAUCUUAUGUGAAGUAAAUUAUUAUUUGGCUAUAUGUAUGUGGCACUUUCAAUCUUGCCAAGAAAUUACAAAAAUAAUGAGACAUUUAUAAAUUUUGUGUUAUAUUAAUAAA